GUGGCUUCCCUCUUGUUUCUGAUACUGUAAUCUUACCCAUGAUAUAUAUCAGUUAUAAAUAAAUAAAUAAAUAAAUAAAUAAAUAAAUAAAUAAGAAGAGGUCUAUUAAUUAUGUCUAAAGCUAUCUCUCUACUUACAAAAAAAAACUUAAAAAAAAUUUUUUUUUUUUGCAGAUGGAUCACAUGAUCAAUCCAUAUGCACCAAAAUGUAUAAGGGCCAUUUUCCUAGUAGUUAGUCUUUCUAUAAACUUUAUAUGUUUUAAGAGUACAACUGAAUUAUAAUAAGAAUUAAUUAAUUAAAAGAUUCAUUAAAUAAGUUAGAUAAGUGAAUCUAUUAUUACUUGAAUAUUCUACAUAUGGAUUAUGUAUUUUUGGGUUAUUAUUUUAUUUUCACUUUAUGAAUUAGCAUUAGCGACUAUUAUCACAUUUGACAAUUCUUCUAACAGUUUGAUAUUCUUUACUGUCGAAUUUAAUGAUAUAGCUGGCAUAUGCAAUCAAGCACUAUUAACAGAUCGUAUGACAUAUAGUGUUCAUCAGUCAAGUCCAGUGUUUGAACUAGUCGGGCGAAUUAAGAACGAUUUGCAGUCUCAUUUGUAUUCUGAUAGCCAAUGGGGAAAGUUUGAGAUGGCAUCCAGUUGGUAUGGUUUAGACAUGGCUUAUGGGAUGUUGACAAACAAUAGUUUGAGUUAUUCUGAGAAUAAAGAAAUGUAUGAUGCUGCUAUAUUUAAUCUAAACAGCACUUUACAAGAUUUGUGUUAUUCAGGUAGAGAGUAUGGUAAUGUGACUAGUGUUGCAAUAUCGACGGUAUUUGUACAAGGUAAUGUAUAUGGGCCAUUUUCUUAGUAGUUAGUCUUUCUAUAGAAACUACUUUAUAUGUUUUAAAAGUACAACUGAAUUAUAAUAAGA